UCGUAUGCGAGAACACUGAUUCCUGUAGCCACUGGAUCGGAUUCUUUUUACGCGGGGGUUAUUAGACCAGAGAUCGGCUUUGUGUAAUAAUUAGAACGGCCGCGGGAGACCCGAGAUAUUUUAAUUAUACGCUACUGUCUUAAUAGUGCUUAAUUGCAGUGUCAGGAUACAGAGAAGGGGAGACAGAGUCCUCGAGGAAAGUCGAUAUCGCCAUCGAGAAAUAUUAGCACUAUGCGCCCGAGAAAUAAUCUGGAACGUUCAGAGAGUGCUGUUGUUCGCGCCUAAGAUAGAAUACGCUUAAUGGAUGAAUAGUUGUGCUGUAACAGUACAACCAGCUCGAUAAAUAUUAAUUAGAUGCCUUUGAAAACUGUCCAGAUACAAAUUUCCUCGGUCUUGGUUGAAAGUCAUUCGAGUUGCUCCAAAGAGUUGACAAUAGUUAAGGGAUGGAAGCAAUCUGUGAUCGGCUGAGUGAACACUGAGAGUAGCAAUAGCUGCUGAAACCGGGGUGCAGUUGACUCGCGGCAUUUUUGUUCUUAGGGCCUGACUCGGUGAUUUUCUUUCCUCAAAGAGAGUCCACGAGCAAUUCCUUUCCCCCAUGGGACGGAAUUGACGGAAAGUCGAUUGGCUUCGCUGGCAAAACUAAAUUCGAACGGCGAAACAAGAGGUAACGAGUGAAUUGUCGCGAAGGCCAUCCAGCUCACUUUUCCCUCGCACUUUUCUCAGCUGAUUCUUGACUCUCGUUACGGCACUCUCUUUCUCUCCACCCUCCUGUCCGUUCUAUUUUUGUUUCGAUCGUAUCCAGACGAAGGAAAAGUAUGAAUUCCAGACGCUAUCUCAAUGCCAUUCAAUAAAUUAUUUUUUUUUUUAAAUGCACGAGUCGAUCUAUUGUUCUCGAGUCAUCAAACGCGCUUUUGCGAACGUGCGUGCUGGAUCAGAGAAAUUUCUCGCGUCGUUAAAGAGUUAAUCUAUUUUGUAACUGCUUGUAAAAGUAAUUCUAGAGUCGUCUGUUUUAACGUGUCAAGUUUAUUCGAGUGCAUAUUUAUAACAGAACAUUUAUUUGAAAAUGUUGUAACGUACAAUUUAUGUUUACCGCUUCACUGUUUAUAUCCGAACCAUACGGUCCGUAUGCGAGAGGACGAUUCGAACCCACGACAGUUUGCUUUGUGUCGUCGAGUAAGCAACAGUACUAAUUAGUCCGUAAACUUGUACGUCAUUUUUUUUUUAUUUUUUUUUGGCAAAUACACCUUUCGCGAACACACGUGCUAAACUACUGCUUAACAACAGGAAACAUCGAACCGAUCCUUUAAAUUUAAACAAAUUUCAUCUUGCGCCAAUUUUACCUGGACACCUCGCUGCCCCAUGCCGACCGAAACAGCGGCAAAAAGUCAUUGGUGGAUUUCCAAAGUGGCAAAUUAUUUUUUUUUUAUCGGCUCGCUGGUAUCCUUGGAUUUGGUAUCCCUUCCAUUAACCGCGGUGACAGAAACGAGUAGGAGAGAGAGUCCGCGGCGACAGGGAGGCAGUCAGCGAGUGGAAACGAGAGGGAGAGAGAAAGAACGGAUUUCGAGCUGACAGGAGGGAUAAGAAACCCAUGCACGUACUCGGUUUCCAGUGGAACGACGACUUUAGUCUGACGACCGCUUCCACGGAGCGAGGUUGACGAAUCCCGAGGUGCAUCCCCGUGGGCCGUGUACCUUCGAGUGUUUCCGGGAAAACGAAGCUUAAUCGUCGGAAAACAGAGUUUCCAGCACGUUUGCUCGCAGAAUCCAGCGAGUUUCAACGAGUGCUCCGUCGAAACUCGACAAAGUGUGAAACAGCGUUCUGGGCUGCCGAUCGAACCGUUUUAAAUCAAGAGUUUUCACCAGAAAACUCAGAGGGAAAACUCUUAACAAAACUUGUGAAAGUGUUACGAUAGGAUAGUGCGCUGGUCUACCUCCGAUCGAAUCAUUUCGAUACGAGAGAGAAUAGAGCGAAUUCGAAGAAGCGCUCCGUCGUCGAAACUCGUGAAAGUGUCGGGGCGCGUAUGACGUUUCGGGAUGACCCUGAUCGAACCGAUCGAGUCUCAAGAUUCUUGCUAGGAAGGAGGUUCCACUGACGAGCAAUCAAGCUUUCAAGCCAGAUCCGCGAAAAAUUGAGCAAAUUGUAACGCGUGCUUCAUCGUAAGGUCUCGCGAAAGUGUUACGACGUUUUAGUCUUCCGUCAGGGGUCAAGAAUCUCACCGUUUCGGGGUCUGGGAUCGUUCUGAUAACGUCCAAGUGGAUUAUCAGUAAUCUACUCGGUCUGGGUAGAUUCCUUGAUGUACUUAUUCGUACGAGGCACCCUCGCGGAGUUUGCAAGACACUCUAUCUCAGACAGAGGCUGUGGCGAGGUGUUCUGGAAACCGAUCGUAGCACGUGCCGGUUUCCACGCUCGGCCUAGGAAUUCGUGACUGGAAGAAAUCGUCGACGUGUUCUGUGCAAUCACGGUUAUUUUCGUGUUCGCGCGGGAGGGAGGGAGAGAGAAAGGGAAAGGGAGGGAGAAAGUGUUUACCGGUGACGAUAUCUCAGGUGGAUACGAUCGGGAGUAAUCGAGACGAUCCGUGUAAUCGUUAGUGGUGUGCGGGAUCGACGCUCGAUCGGCUGGAUCGAGGAUGCGUGGAUCACGUGCCGGGACAGAAUGAGUUGUGCCGAUUGUGAGGAAGCUCUGUGCGUUAACAUGCGCGAAAUCCUGCGUGCUUCCAGGGACCGAUAGCUAAUUCUCUCGUGGACCAGCGAAGAUCCAGCGCCACUGAUCGUCGAGAGGUCGUCGAACGAGGAUCGAUCCCGAAAGGACGGGUCAUCGAGGCUUGCAGGAUUCCUCAGGCUGAAGGAAUUGAUCACCUGGUAGCCAUGAACCUCGCGCUGCAUGGAUUUUUGUUGCAGGUUUUCGUGUCAAUCUUCAACCUCCAGCAUGGCUCCUUGUUAUGCAGCGCGGGGGAACCUGGCUAUUUGGACUUCGACAACCUGCCGGAAACGAACUUCUCGUGUCAGGGAAAGGUGAUCGGUGGAUAUUAUGCGGACGUCGAAGCGGGCUGUCAGAUGUUCCAUGUUUGCACCAUCGGUCAGAAAGACUUGGUUUCAGACGAGAUUAUGGACAUAAAAUUCCUCUGUCUGAAUGGAACCGUCUUCGAUCAGGAAACCAGGGUCUGCGAAAGGGUGGACGAGGUCGAUUGCAGCAAGAGCGAGAGGUUCUACAACCUGAAUUUGGAGCUCUAUGGCAACAAUGCGGUGACCCUCAGUUUGCAUGAGAACAACGACGACGACGCCGACUCAUCGGAUUCCAUAGACAACCACCAGCAGCGCACGACGUCUGCACGUCCCACCACGUCUACCACAACGACCACCACCACGUCGAAGCCCAACAAACCACCCACAACCCCGUCCUCUGGUUCCUUCUCCCAUCCAACCGGCUAUCCCCAACAUUUCCAACCUCAGCCACCGUUCCCCCAGGUCCACACCAGCCAGUCCAAGUCGCUGUACGACGACAAGAACGGCGGAUAUCACCAUCAGUACAUCUUCCACAACGGCGAGAGGAGCAACAACCAGCCAGCCACCUCGUACCAGCUGUUCAGCAACCAGGGCGUCAGCUCCACGACCGGCCAGCCUCCCCAAGUUCACCAAAUCCGAUUCAGCUCGACUUCCAGUCCGCAGAUCAUUCGCAACGAGCCUUCGACCGUUGCUCCUCUCUACCACGUGACCUCCUCCACCAUUCAGACACUUCUGAGUAGCAACGUGAACGGUCAGUCCCUGAUAAAUCCGAUAUUCCACAAUCACGGGAUCGCCAGCACCACGGAACACCAAUUCUCGUUGCACAGCAACAAUCCUAGGGAGACUUCGGACUAUCGCGACAACGGGGAGCAGAAUAUAAGGCCUCUGGAGGCUGUCCAGUCCACCAACAAAGGAAAGAUCUCGAAAUUGACCAUCAGCCCCGUACCAACGCCAUCGGAUUCGCCGAGGUCGGUGCAAACCAAGAUCAGUCAGAGCUCCCAGCAACAGAGAAUCUCCGGGAAUUUCCUGCCCACCCCGGCAACCGACGAAACGACCAUCAGAUCGUUCUACCCAACCCUGAGGAGCGCAUCCAAGUCCACGCAGACCUCCAGCGAAGUCACCCAACACAUCCACGUCCUACCCCCUGUACCGAUCCCUCAGCUGAAGCCCCAUCAGAUCACCAUCAACUUGCCACCGCCGGAUAUCCAGAGGAUAGUGCAAAAUCCGUCACCUUUACUGCCGUCGCAGUCGAGAGUGAUCGUCACUGCUAAGGCGAGCGUCAGCGACGAGUCGGGCAGACCUCUCAACACCACGCAGUUGGUCACUCUGCCUCUGCCAACGAUCCCGGCCAGCUACGACGAGUACAAGGAAGGCGACGAGACCUUUGACCCCUUCUACAGAGACGUUCCAAAGAUUCGCAACACCAGGCGUGUCGCCAAACGAGUCUACAAUGGAAAAACGGCCAGACGCAAGAGAUCCGUCGGCCAGACGAAGAGUUCGAUGGUUUCCUUCGUUUACGGAGGGGAUUCCCCUAGACGACAGGACGUACAGGACGCAGACAGCGGGAAGGGAAGAAGUAGGGAGAAAGUUAAGGAUUUCAAGGCCAUUAAAGAGAGCUUGAUGAAGUUUAGAGAUAUCCUUUUCGGAGGGGACUUCACGGAGGACGUGAUUCAUAGUGUCUUUGGAGGAAGUACGUUGCAGGACAUGAAUUCUGACGAAAAGGUGAAGAAUGGGAAUAAAGUGUCUCUCGAUGACUUGGAGAUGAAGGCUUCGAAGAAUAUUAAAGCGAGGGAAUACGAGGGUGACACCGAAGAAGAGACCGAGAGCAAAGAAACUAAAACAGAUGAAGAGGAGUAUUUAGACUUGACCGACUAUGGAGAGCACGCGAACGAUACUCAAACGGAGAUUCCAAACAGUGAAGAACCAGAUGGGGAAACGCCUGAUAUCGAAGAUGAAGCGGAUGAGAAAGACGUGUUAAAUUCGAAAAAGAAUAACACCGAAGAUGAAAAACAUAAGGAACCUAAACGUAUCAUAGACGUCGUUAUACUUGAUCCAAAUGCUUAUGUUAAACUGAAAUCGUCCAACCAAAAAGGUCCUGGAAGCACUCCUGAAGAAGAUCCAACGUCCACAGAUAUUCCAGUUCUGUCUACGACAGAGCAAACCACCAUUGAGUCCACGUUAGUGGACCUAAUGGACGAUGACUUGGCGGACAAAGAAGAUUCCGAGCUCUCCGAAAAAGAAGGCGAGAUCGAAACCGACCAAGAUCCCGCGAAGGGUAAAGACAACGAAGAAGAUUCCGCGAGGAAGCAGGAUUUCGAAGCUGAAGCAAACAAGAAACCCAAGAAGGGUGAGGUCGACGAAGAAACAGACUCGAAGAAUUCCGAGAGGCAGGAUGUCGAAGCUGAAGCAGAUAGAAAAUCCGAGAAGGUUGAGAGCAACGAGAAGAAGACGGCAGACGAGGAAAGUAAAAAGGAACAAGUGGAACCGAAACCAAACACGAAGAGGAAGAGUUCCAGGAUAAGGUCUUCUUCGGGGAAGACGUCUUCGAGGAAAAAGGAUUUGAAGAACGAAGAGAGAGAAAUGCAAAACGACGAAGCCGUUACGCCAACCGUUGACCAACUUACCGUUCACCAGACGACGACCGCGGAUUCCCCGAUUGCGACUUCUGAAAUAGAACAAAUAGAUAAACACAUCUUCGAUGAACCAGAGUCCCAAACUUCUAAAGAAGUCGACACCAGAGCUGUGAGUUAUCAUAGUAGCUACGUCAAGAGCCUUCCAUCUGGAAAGGAUCAGAGUAUUGGGAAAGCUAAUCGAAAAAGUGAAACCAACGAGUAUGAGAUUUUAGAAAAACACUCGAAAGACGUAAAAGAUGAUCGAGAUAAGAUUGAUUCAAAAUUAGACGACGAGGUUAAGAAAGACGAAGAACCAGUUGAAGAGCUAAGCCCGAUUGAAGAGACGAAGGGAAAUGUUUCCGCGGAGAAAAAUCAUUACAAGGAAGAAUCGUCCGUAGAACACAAGACUGUGAAAGAUGAAUCGACCACGAUCUUCAGCGAUGAAAACUUCAAAGACCACUCUCAAGAGGAGCCUAGAGUGUCCUACCAAAUCGGCAAAACCUCUCGACGAGGAAAGAGCAUGAAGUUCGAGGAUUCGUCCAGAGAGAUCUCUACUCACAGGCAAGACAAGAGCAGGAAGUUCUCAGCUGAAGAAGAAGAAGAGGAAGAAGAAGAAGAAGAAGAAGAAGAAAAGUCACAGGAAUACUCCACUAUCAAAGGAGAAGAGAUUACUUCGCAAGAAGUGUCCUUCGAGUAUCACGAUGCUACGGAAGCGUCCGAAGAAAGCGCUCGCGAUAUCGAUACAGAUGAUGAGUACAGGGACCCUGAAAAUCAGGAUGAUUCAACAGGUUCCGAGGUUUCCUCGGAACACGUUAAUUCCGAAGAAACUGUAAGUUCUGGGGAGGAGAAGGAUACUUCCGCGGAAGAAUACGACGAAGAAGACUCGACGUCGAACGACCAAGAAGAUACCACAGAAGGGGUCCUCAAGUUCACCGACGAGCUGCCUAAAGAAAAGAAGGAAGACGCAUCGGACGGCAAGAAAUCGUCAGAGUCCGUGGAGAACAUUGCUCAUGACUACGUCGACGACAACUACGAGCCAGACAAUUACAAGGAACGCGAGUCGACAGAUUCCAACAAUUUGAGCGAUGAGAAGACGAACAAAGAAGUUAAAGAAGCUAAAGUAGAAAGCACUACGAUGCCUGAGGACAGUCACACGACGGAAGUCGAGGAGGAAGCGAAGAGAUCUCGGAAUUCUAGCACGGUGGAGAUAGAUUUACUGCAAACGACGACAACACCGUCGCCAACAACAACGCCGCCGCCAACGACAACGCCGCCGCCAACGACAACGCCGCCAACAACAAUGACAACAACAUCAACGACGACGACGACUACGACAACUACCACGACGACAACCGUUCGUCCCACGCCUCCAAAGUUAUUCAAACCGAUUUCAGUGAGAAAGACUUACAACUACAUACCUCCGACGACAACCCCGAAUCCAGUCAUCAUAAAACCGAGACACAGCCUGCUGAACCCUAAGCCAGCAAAGCCACCAAGGUCGUACAACGACCUGGCACCGAAACCUGUAAUCAGAAGGUUCCCCUUGUUGACGCGCAAGGCGGUAACUACCACCAUGCCAACCACUACGGUCAAAGAAGAGGAUUCGACGAAGGUUGAAGAGCCCGUGACAAUGACGGAGCCGCCAGUCACGACAACGGAACUCAGCAGGAGCGAGGAGAACGUACUCGAAGGCAAGUUAGACAAGGAUCAGAGUAGAAACGUUGCGGAAGAGUCGAUGCAAAAGGAUCAGGUCUUCGCCCAGAGCAAAGAUGACCAGGCAUCCAGCUCCAUCGACCAGAAAUCUCCGAUCGAUGUGAAAAACGAAGAUGAAGAGGAUUCGACGAAAAACAGUGAAAAUUUCACACCCUACCCUAUAUCUAAACUCACGACGAUUGCUUCUACGAUUCGAGACACCUCGAAGGAAGCCGAGUCUACCAGCACGGAGUCGGAGACGUCGACGACUCCUAAGAGCUUCGCGUUCAUAGACGUGGAGAUCCUCAGCACAACAAUUCCAUCGAUUGCCUCGAGGUCUGACGAACCUCGCGAAAACGAAGCUACCACCAUGAAGCCGAUACUCGAAGAAACCUCGAUCAUCUCGUCCACAAAGUCGGCCUUCCAAGACACUACCGAAGUCUCUUUAGCCACGGAACAACCAACCACCUUCGAGACUACUUCCAAAGGUGCGGAGGAAACGAUAUCGACAACCGUCAAGCUGUUGAAUCGCAAGUCAAUGUCCCUGAGAAGAGUAGACGGCUUCAACUGCCUGGAGAAGGAAAUGUAUCGUUUCUAUGGGGACACUAGGGAUUGCAGACUGUUUCACUAUUGUUCCCCAGGCUUCACCUCGAGGCAGGUCCUCGACUUCCGGUUCGUGUGCGAGGAGGGCACUGCCUUCGACGAGAAGAGCCAGAGCUGUAAACACGACGUUUCGAACAGGAGUUGUCCUAAAAGGCAGUGGUAACCGAUGCACAUUUCUCGGUGCCCUUCGUGUCCAUCGACGUUGAUUUUGGUAAUUGGUGAAUCCCAGGACUCUCUAGUGUAUAUUUAUAUAUUGUUAGCAGGUAAGGUCCUUGGAAGAGGGCCCCUCUUUUCCUGAGCAUUGCCAUAACCUUGUACAUGAAGAUGGAUUCACACUUAUUAAAAUUAAUGCGACGAGGCUGCUCGUACAGAAGCCACUCGAACAGAGGCCACGAAGAGACGGAGAAUCAGCUGUCGAAGCGACGAGAACUUCCUGUAUCGGUGAGCCUUUUCGCAGAGCUAGGAAACAAAUUUUGUUAGAGGACAGUGCUGGGUACUCUUCGAAGUCAUUUUUCGUUUUAAACAGCCGUAGAUUAGAAUAGGUUACGCGUUUGUGGAGGAUUAGGUUUGAAGUGAUCAGCAGGAAGAUCAUUUUAGUUAAUUACUUAGGUACGACUUAUCUAAGCUGCUCAGAAAUGCCGACUGCGAAUGAGUUGUUCGUGUUUCUAUAGUCUGAUCAAACUUGGUUAGCUGCUCGAGAUCACCAGUGUCAAAGUUCACCGCAGUCGAACAUCCUUUAUGGGCACAGACGAGGAAUAGAGCAGUGUGCUCUCAAGCAACCAAUUGAUUCGAUCGGGACAUGAUCUUUAUCUUUAUUUAUUGCAUUCUUUCACUCAGCACUGCCGCCAACUAAGUUGCUCGAGCAGAUUCUCCACGUAAGUACACGGCGAAUAUGCUUCUUGCUCGGAUGUUUUCCACUCGGGUCUCUAGAAACUUGUUAGGCGACUGACUUCUAUUCAAUUUUAGCGUAAAGAGUGAAUCGCGUCGGUUCUUACUCGGAAGAAUCGGUCGGGUGUAGCACCUGAGAAAAUCUUGCUUUGUAUUUAUGAGUAAAAUCCAUGGUUGCAUACGGGUUCCGGAAUUCCGAUGGCGUGGUGUUGAAAGCACGGACGUUUCCGGUACCGCGUAUGCAACCGCGGUAUCGAUUAAUAGCAACUCUCGACGGGGGGUAUUCGCUCUGAUACUGAUCGACUGUGAUCCAUCGUAGAUCGGUUGCUCCUGCAAUAGAUUUUCCAUUGCUCAAUGUACGCGCGUACGAAACAGAAUUCGAUUCAGCAAGCGAAUCCUUCGGUUUCAUGCAACUGCAUGAAUGUACAUUUCGGUUACACGCAUGUAGAUUACGAGUGCGUGCGUGCGUGCGUGUGUGUGUGUGUGUGUACAGUGAAGAGUAGUAGGAAUAGGUGUGCGUUAAGAGAUUCGCAAAAUACUCAAUCGUUGCUCGCUACGAUAACGGUAACGUUUCGUUUACCUAAAUACCGUCACCUACUCUUAUCCUUCCUACCUUUUACUAGUUAAUGCGUCCUUAAUUAUUAGCGGAUAUCGUCCCACGCGUCGGAAUUCCUACGAGUAACAUGUGUAAUUACAGAUACAUGUGCAUAAAUAUAUUUUUACAUGUGAACUUAUUCCGCUCCAUUUAGUGAUUUUUUUAGAUAGGUAAUGUGAUAAGUGUCUGGAUAAUUAUAUUUUUUAGCUUGCGUGUACCUCGAUCGUCCUUGUAAAUACCUAUAUGUGUCCUGUAACGACACCACGCGCAUGUUAUUUUCAUGGUGUACAAGAGUACAUCGACAACGUGUAUUGUAAGGAUCUGUACUAUGUUAAUAAUAAUUGUAUACUACGUGCAAUUCCUCUCGUUUUGUUUUCGUGAUUGUUAAUCUUAGAAAGUAACGCGAGGAUAUAUUUAUUUAUUGCUCUACGCUCCGUAUAUGUACUAUCUCUUCAUCUAUUUAUAUGGAAUAUACAGUGAAUUAUUUAUGAAAUUUAUUCCCCAUGUAUGUUUAUAAUAUUUAACAUAGUUUCCACUUAUGCCGCUAGAUGGCGAGAGAUUUGUAGUUAUAGUGGCGGCAUCGGUGAGAAACCGCCCAAGCUUGUAGUAAAAACAGUUUCCAGUGUAUGACCACUAGA